AUGUCCAUUCCCUUUCUCCCCUCCUUCUCCCCUCCUCACUCCUUGUCUCUCCAACGCGUUCUUACUUUCCCCCUUUCUCCUGCUGCUGCUGAAUACUGGUUUGCAACUUUGCUCGGUCAGUUCAAUUUACACAAGUUCCUAUCCUCUGUCAAAGAGAAUGGAUUGAUGCAUCCCUCCGAAUCUUCAUGGCUGAAAACCCUUGGAAGACACCUUUGCAACAAAUCCUUGUAUGCCCUCAAUUUCUGUUCAGAGCUCUUGAUAACUCCUGAUGAUACUCUGCUCCUUAGCAUAGAAGCCUAUGGUGAUAACAAGACAACUCAAAUUCCUCUUUUACAGCUCUGCGAACCAUUGUCUUUAUUUCACUCUGAAGCAGAGUGGGAAAGAGAGAUAGAGAGCGUGAGAUCUGUGAUAGAUGGGUGUGGGUUGAGGGACCUUAGACAUUAA